AUGUCAGUUUAUAGUUUUGGACUUGGUAUCAAUGGUGCUCUGGGACAUGGUGUGCUAGAGGAAUCUGCAGUACCAACCAAAAUAGAUCAUUUCACCAAAACAAAGAAACGUAUAAAAAAGAUAGCAUGUGGAUCUUAUCACACUGUUUUCAUCACAGAUGAUGAAGAAAUGUAUAUGUCAGGUGUUUGUCAAGAUCCAAAGAAUUUGACAUCACUAUUUCUUGGACUGUCACAAAACAGUAUGUUGGGAGGAGGUGGAAGUGGUGGUAAUUCAUUGCAAUCGGCUAUCGAUACAUUCUCAGUGUCGACACCGGAUUUCAGAAAGCUGUCGGUUGCAGCUGCAACCUCUUCAGACACUGCCAGUCCACACUCACUUUCACCGCCAGCCUCCAAUAACUCAUCGUUGGAAUCAUCACCGCGAAGAACGAUGAAUCUCAGUCAAUCGGUGCCAAUGGUUGCACCGCCCUCAUCGUCAUCGCCACCACAACCACUACCAACACUUCGCAUUGAGGAGAGCAACGCUGCAACAACGUCCACUUCCACACCAACAGAAGAAGCGCAUACAGAAGUAGAGGUAGAAACAGUAACAAAAGUAGAGGUAGAAAGUAAUCAUGAAAAUGAAAAUAACAUUCAUAGAACUAUGAGUCUGGCACAGAGUAUAGUUGUUGGUGGACCGAUUGGUGCUGGUCCAGAGGGUGAGCAGCGACCACCCAUUUCAACGCCAAUGCGUAUUCCACUGGAUUUCCUCUAUCAUGGCGUUCCAACACCUGGAUCACGAAUUAAACAGGUAUCCAUAGGUAACUAUCACAUAGUACUACUCACAGAGGCAGGAAACAUUUGGACUUGGGGUUCUAAUUCACAUGGACAACUCGGUAUUGGACUUGAUGUACACUCCAAUAUUCCAAGACAAGUCGAAUUGAAGUGUAUAAAACAAAUAGCAACUGGUGUAAAGCAUACAGCUGCAAUCAAUGAAUGGGGAGAAUUAUAUAUGUGGGGAAUAAAUGAACAUGGAGAAUUAGGACUUGGUGAUACCGGUAUAAGACGUUCGCCAACUCGUGUCGCUAAAUUGAAAUCGGAAUUAGUAUCACUUGUUUCUUGUUCAAGUACACAUUCUGUUUGUUAUACAGAAUCUGGAAAAUUAUAUUCCUGGGGACAAUGUGAUAAAUUUGGAAAGAUUCAAACAGUUCCAACUAUUGUACCUAUUCAUAAUUAUACUGAAUCGGAUGCAGAGGGUGGAGGUUGUGGAGGUGGAGGUGCAAUUAGAGCGAUCGCUUGUGGAGAGUGGUUGACUGCUGCGCUGACACAGUUGGGUGAGGUAUUCCUCUGGGAAGUCAGUGGAAAACCAACGGCAAUUCACCAUCUCCUCGCUGGAAAUAGUGUUCGUUCGAUAGCGAUGGGUAAUUUUCAUUUGAUUUGCUUGACGGACAACGGCGAGAGAAACUAUCUCAGACAGCUGAAUAUACUCUCAAAGAUCUAUUAUAAAUCGAUGUUGAUGAUAUCGUCGCCAAGCGAUCCAUAUGUAACAUCACUACUACAAUUACAAGCACACAACGGUGGUAAUCACAGCAACAAUAACAACAAUAACAGCGGUGGACAUUCUAGGAGUGAUAGCACUGGAAAUUCACAAUCGGUAAGCACGUCAAAUCUUGGGGCAAUGAAUGGCGGUGGUGGUGGACAACCAAUAGAGCGAUCGAAUAGCAUUGUACAUAGUGGAUCGAUUUCAUCGCCUAGUUUACUCACUGCCAAUGGCACUGGAACUAUUCGUUCGAGAACAACAAGCAUUGCAACCAUCAGAGGUAUAUUCGGUUUGAAUACCAUAUCCAAUAUGCACACUGACGACUCUUCCAUCUCGGAGGAGGAAGUCGGUGGUAUCUUUUGCGAUUUGAAUCUGUUGAUCAAGACAACCCAGACAUUCCUGGCGAAGCUCGACAGUCGCAUGGAGAAUUGGGACGUCGAUACAAUGAUCCUCGGAGAUAUCUUCCUCGAUGAAUCUAUCAUCUCUAGCUUCCGGGUGUACAUUCCCUACAGUGACAACUACAAUAGUUUGUGUAUGACGCUGUUCAACGCCAAGAAGCGAAGUGAGAAGCUGAUAUCGCUCCUCAAGGAGUGCGAGAAACGCUCACAGAAUUUCGGUAUCAAACUGAACCAAUCGUUGGUUACCGACAUGGAUAUCAAGAGUCUAUUCUUGGCGCCACUACAGAAUGUACCACGUCUAUUCUUGGUACUCAAAGAACUAGUACAAAACAGCUCCUCAUCAAAGAGACAACACAACAACAACGAUGUCGAUCUCCUAGGUCUGUCUUCAUCCAAGUAUCAAGUACUUCUUGAGCGUAUGAAUCAGAACUUCCAGUUUGUCGACCCAGUAGAGAUACUCAAUUGUUCGAGCAAUGAAUUCGGUAAUCCACAGAUUAUGGGUGGUUCAUUACCUCAACUUGUUGAAAAGUUAACUCAUCAUAAUAUUUCAGAUCCAAACUUUAGUAAUGUAUUCUUACUUACUUUUAGAGCUUUCACUACACCACUCUCUUUGAUGGAUCUACUGGCUGAGAAGUACGAAAGGAUGCCAGCUGUCAAGGGUAGAGUCUUAAAUAUUCUGACAUCUUGGAUUGUUAAUCAUUUCUACGAUUUCGAGAAUGAUCCUAUCCAACAGAUUAUCGAUCCUGCAGAUCAUCAUCCUAGUUCACUCUCUGUCAAGCUAGAAGAUUGGAUGAAAUCACAUUCAAACAAUACACUAUUAAACUCUGUUAAGAAAGAAUAUGAAAAACAAAGAGAAACUCCAAUUGAAUCUAGAUUGAAUGCACUCUCUGUUAUUAUACCAACAGCUACUACGACACCUACUAUUUCACUGUUGAACUAUACCAGUAUUGAAAUUGCACAGACUCUAACUACUUUGAAUCACACUUACUUUGCAAAGAUCGACAAGAGAGAGUUCCUCGGACAACGUUGGACAAAGAAGAAAGCACCAAACAUUCAACUGUCGACAGAACACUUCAAUAGAAUCAGUCAAUUUGUUAUACACGAAGCCAUUCAAGGUAAAUCAUCUAAGCAUAGAGCAUCUAUUAUAACACAUUUAAUUGCAAUUGCACAAAAUUGUUUUGAAUUAAAUAACUUUAUGAGUGUAGCAGCUAUUAUAUAUGGUUUAGAUUCAUCUAUUAUUUCAAAAUGGAAAAAGACUUGGAGUAAACUAUCAAAAGAUACAAUGAAUAGUUUUGAAUAUUUACAAAAGAUAGUUACACCAUUGAAGAACUAUAUAUCGCUUCGACAUAUAAUGACAACAGUUCAACCACCUUGUAUUCCAUUCUUGGGCACCUAUUUGAAGGAUCUUACCUUUAUAGAGGAUGGUAAUCCAUCGAGGAUCGGUGAACUCGUCAACUUUUACAAACAGAGAAAGAUUGCUGAAGUCGUAUUCCAAUUGCAUCAAUACCAACAGGUACUCUAUGACAUUCCGUCCAACACAGUGAUACGUGAUUACUUCUUGACCGUUCCACUCAUCGACGAAAAGAAAGCAAUACAAAUAUCGUCUUCAUAUGAAUAA